UUUCUUUAUUAAAUUUGCUUCUUCUUUUUCUUUCCUCUUUGUAUAAAUUCAAUUCCUUUUUGGGGGAAUCAUAAAAGACAAAUAGCUCUAUUUUUAUGUGCCCUCCACUCACUCAUUCUCUGCCUCUCUAAAUCAAACCCAUCCACCCCCUCUUCCUUGGGAAACAUAUCCACAUGGAAAGUAAUGCUAGUGAAAACUUUGUUGCCACAUUCUCCUCCACCACCACCUCUUCAACAUCAUCAUCACCAACAUCUUCUACCUCAACCUCAAACUCUUGCACCAAGCAGGAUCCCCCAGAUGAUUCAACAUCAGCUCAAAACCAAAACACCCCAAAUAGCAAAAAAAGACAAAGAAAUGAUCACAAUGAGAACAAAGACCACCCUAGUUACAGAGGUGUUAGAAUGAGGGCAUGGGGCAAAUGGGUGUCUGAGAUCCGUGAGCCAAGGAAGAAGUCAAGAAUAUGGCUUGGAACAUACCCUACUGCUGAAAUGGCUGCUAGAGCACAUGAUGUUGCAGCUUUAGCCAUCAAGGGUCAUUCGGCUUACCUCAAUUUCCCCAAUUUGGCUCAUGAUCUUCCAAGGCCUAUCACCACAUCUCCCAAGGAUAUUCAAGCUGCAGCAGCAAAAGCAGCAACCACUUUCUUUGAUCAUGUUGACAAAGAUGAACAAAACCAGCAGGCUUCAUCUUCUAAUAUAUGCAUGGACAGUACUGAAGGAGGGCAUGUUCAAGCUGAACAAGCCUCAUCUUCAACUCUUUCAUCCAUGGACACUACUCAAGAUUCUUCAAGUUCUCUCUCUACUGCAGAUGAUGACACACUGUUUGACCUACCAGAUCUUUUCCCUGAUGGAAACACUGCACUUUUCUCCUAUUCUUCUUCUAAUUGGCAUUUAUGUGCACUUGAUAGUGGAUUCCGGAUUGAAGAGCAAUUUUUCUGGGAAAAUUACUAGCAGAAGAGAUUGUGUAGUUUACAAGUUACAAGUCUGAUGGUGAUAGGAUAAAUUUCUCCAAAAAAAAAAAUACUUUUAUAAGAGAAAAAUAGGGAAGAAAAAUGAAAUAAGGUUCUUUGUAAACUAAAAUUAGUUUAUGCAUAAU